AUGAAUCGCCCAGCAAUCGACGAACGACAUCGUCCAGUUGCCUUGCUCCUCCCCACACCGCAAGAGGCAAUCGCUCCCUCGAAAAGGCAAAACAGCAGGUACGCCUCCGCCUUCACCUUGCCCGAGUGCCAACGUACCGGUCCCCCAUUUCACUUUUACGCGAGCAACACGGGAGCCUUUUCAAAUUGCUUCAAGUUGAAGACCACGUAGAAGGCUUCCUCGAGGUAUUCGAUCGUUUGCAACAAUCCAUCCGUCAUGUCGAUCGCCAAAUACAUACUCAAGAUUCCCGGCGUCCACAGCAUGGUCUCGACAGCCGCACGCGCCUAUCAAGCGAGCGUGGGACGCGAGCUCCGGCGGUAUGGCUUGCGGUACGACGACUUGUUGAACGAAUUCGACGACGAGGUCAAGCAGGCCCUGACCAAAUUGUCCCCAGAAGAAGUUGAAAUGCGGAACAAACGUCUCAAGCGCGCCAUCGAUCUCGACGUCAAGCAGACCUACCUUCCAGAAGACCUCCAGGCAAAGGAGGACGUCUGGAACCCCUAUCUGCGCGAGCGCGUUGAAAAGCUCAAGCAGGAUCGCCUAGAACGACAGACUUACGAUUAGUGUGCCCGUCUAGUAUGAAAUUGGCCCUUUUUGACUUCGUAAAUUUCCGAGAUUGAACCACAGAA